AUGCUGCGCACAUAUUCGAGCACAGAAGCCGACGCUGCGUGCCAUCGCAAACGCGGACCCGCCGGUCUCUAUGGCGCAGAAACCACUGGAUGCGACUCCCCCUUUGCGCUCGUCAACCAGACGUUCAAGUGGAUUGAAGACAACAUCAAGGACGAUGUAGACUUUGUUAUAUGGACCGGCGACUCGGCGCGACACGACAACGAUGAUGAAAUCCCACGGACGCAGAAGCAGGUCGUGCAGCAGAACGAGUACUUCUUCACUUCCAACUCCGCCGUCGAUGGCUGCGCAAAGAAACGCGAACCCGGCUACGAACACAUGGAAUGGCUGCGCAUCCAGCUUGAUAUUCUGCGCGAUCGCGGCAUGAAGGCCAUCCUCAUCGGACACGUGCCGCCUGCUCGCGUCGACAGCAAGGAGAGUUGGGACGAGACCUGUUGGCAGAAGUACACGCUCUUUGGACGACAGUUCCGAGACGUCAUUGUGGGAAGCCUCUUUGGGCACAUGAACAUCGAUCACUUCAUGCUGCAGGAUUUCGAGCACAUCGAAAAGGACACGGAGAAUGGCAAGAUGGGAGCUUUGGAUGGCAGAUCUGCUCUGGCUGAUGGGGUUCAGCUCCUGGAAGAUGGUGAGGUGACGGUGGCAUCUGCGUCGGAUUAUCUGCUCAAUUUGCGGGAGGCUUGGGCUCAACUACCUGCGCCCCCGCCGAAAUCGAACAAGAAGUCGCGCUCGAAGCGUUUCGAUGACGAAGAGGAAGAGGAGUCGAUGUGGGAGUGGCUCAUGGCCAUGGUUUCAAAGCCGUCAAAAGACCGGAAGGAAGAGAGGAAGAAGUAUCUCGAGAAGAUUGGAGGAAGAUAUGCUGAACGUUACGCGGUAACACAUGUCUCACCCAGCGUAGUACCGAACUACUUCCCCACCCUCCGCAUCAUCGAGUACAACAUCACUGGCUUGGAACACCUCAGCGUAGCGUCCAGCCCAAUCAGCCCGCCCACGAUCGAGACGCCAGCCGAGCAACUCCCGAUUACCCCCACGGAUUACGACGAGUAUGACGAUUACGACGAAAUCGACGACGAAGACGUGGAAAUAACGCGAAAGAAGCACAAGGGCAAAAAGGGCAAAAAGAAGCCCCGAAAAUACAAGUUCAAAGUCCCAGACGGCCCUUCGAAAUCCUCUCCACCAGGCCCAGCCUAUUCCCCGCAGACCCUGACAUGGACACGUCACGUCCAGUACUUCGCCAACCUCACACACAUCAAUAACGACUUCCUCGAGCCCUCGCCCGAUGCAGCCAUUGACGACCGUCUUUCUAUCAACAACGAUGCUGUUCAGACGAUAUUCGGAUUCGGUGUCAGUCCCGACGGUAGGAUCGAGAAUAAGAAGUGGAAUGAGGGUAAGCACAAGAAACACCAGGGUAAGCAGCCGAGACCCGAACCGCAUCCGAAUGAGUUUGUGUUUGAGGUCGAGUAUGAUACGAAGAAAGACCACGGGUUCAAGGAUCUUACUGUGAGGAGGUGGGUGGAGUAUGCAAGGAAGAUUGGCGCUUCCACGGGCAAGACCAAGACUAUUGAUGUACGCGAGGAGGAUGUUGAGGAAGAGUCGGAAGAAGACGACGGUGUUGAAGGAGAAGGAGAGGACAUGGCGGAUGAGUAUGAGGAGGAGAACGAGGUGGAUGAAAACGACUUCGUCAUCGCAAAACACAAGAAACACAAGCACAAAAAGGGAAAGAAGGGAAAACAUCACAAGAAACACAAGGCGUCCAAGGAAUGGUACACUUUUGUUAAGCGCGCGUUUGUGGGUACUAUGGAUCCGAAGGAGCUUAAAUUGGUGUUUGGGGCUGCGGACGUCGACGAUGCAAUGGGAGAGGCAGAGGAGAAUAUGGAGUUGUAG